AUGAUACGUUCACGUUUCCCAAAGUUAGAAGUACCAGGACUUGCUUUUCAUGAGUACUUCUUCAAAACAACCCGUAAAUAUGCUGACGACGUUGCUAUGAUUAACAAUGAUACAAAAGAGCAGUUCACAUUCUCAGAUUUGAAAAACAAAGCGAAAUUUGUUGCUCGAGCUCUCAUAGCAAUGGGCGUAGAGAAGGGUGAGGUUGUGAUUCUCUGUUUGGAUAACACUCCUGAAGCAGUAUAUCUCUUCCUUGCUAUCUCUUUAGCUGGAGCAGUGGCGAGCAUAUUGUCGCCGAAGUUGAAUGCGGCUGGAGCAGUGGCGAGCAUAUUGUCGCCGAAGUUGAAUGCCGAUGAAAUGCAUUUUCAAUUUGUCGAAUCCGAUACUAGGGUUGUGUUUGCUGAUCCUAGUGCUUUAUUGGAAGUUCAACGCUUGUUUCGUCGUAUUAAUAAGCCCCACCGAAUAAUCUGUACAGGACCAAGAGAUUUGGCAGAUUUAUUUCCAAUUUUAGAUGAUCUUCAUUUCUUAGCUAACGAAGUGGUAACUAUGCCGAGGAUUCAACCAAAAGCAGAUAUUGUGUACAUGCCAUUCUCCAGUGGAAUACAUGGAAAAAGAAAGGCAAUCCUUACAUCGCACUAU